AUUUUAUUUGUACAACAGACUAUUGUAUGGUAGUUUUGGGCGCUCGGCUGUUUUUGUUUGUGGCCGGACGUUGCCGGUCGUCAGCCUCCUGGUUCCGUGUGAUCGCAGAGCGGAGCGCCGUCAACAUGCAGGACCCAAAUGAGGAUACAGAGUGGAAUGAUAUCCUAAGGAAGAAGGGCAUUCUUCCUCCCAAAGAAAUACCCAAAGAUGAAGAAGAGGAGGAGCUGGACCUUCAGCAACAGUCUGUUGUUAAAACAUAUGAGAACAUGACACUGGAGGAGCUGGAUGAGAAUGAAGAUGAGUUUGGUGAAGAUGAUGAGGCCGCCAUUGAGAUGUACAGACAAAAGCGCCUUGCAGAGUGGAAGGCAACUCAAAUGAAGAAUGUGUUUGGAGAAGUGGGAGAAAUCUCUGGACAGGACUACGUUAAGGAAGUCAACAAGGCUGGCGAUGGCAUCUGGGUCGUGCUGCACCUCUACAAACAGGGGAUCCCUCUGUGUUCCCUGAUCAACCAGCACCUGAGUACACUGGCCAGGAAAUUUCCUCAGACAAAAUUUCUUAAAUCAAUCUCUACCACUUGCAUUGCAAACUACCCUGACCACAACCUGCCAACCGUUUUUGUCUACUUUGAGGGCGAGAUGAAGGCUCAGUUAAUCGGGCCACUGGUCUUUGCUGGGAUGAACCUCAAAGUGGAAGAGCUGGAGUGGAGAUUAUCAGAGACUGGGGCAAUAAAGACGGAUCUGGAGGAAAACCCCAGGAAGCAACUAGAAGACAAGCUGAUGUCGUCAAUCAGAUGUUCUCUUCCCACACCGAAGGACAGUGACUCUGAGGAUGAGGAUUAUUAGGGAAAAGUGCAGGCGAGAGACCUCGUGUGAUGGGACAGUGUUUCCUGUAAUACUACAGCAUGUGAAACACGACGACUACUGUAUGAGAUGCUGCACAACUCUGUCUUGCUCAAAGGCACUUGGACAGGGUACCUGGCUGAA